AUGUGUAUCGCCUUGAUCUCAACGGCGCAUCCUACAUAUUCUUUGAUUAUAAUCAAUAACAGAGAUGAAUUCCUACACCGCCCUACGUCAUCACCCGACUGGUGGCCGGAGCCCUCGUCGCACGUCCUCGGCUCACGCGACCUAGCCAGAUCUACGCAUGGAACCUGGAUGGGAGUUACAAAGCAUGGGAAGAUUGCCGUACUCACCAACUACCGCGAAGACAAAGCCAGCGAAGCCAUCGGUGUAUACAGUCGCGGCUUAAUCGUCAACAGCUGGCUCACCGGCCCGAUAGACAAACAACAAGCUACUCGAGAAUUUGUUCAAGCCAUCGUCGCCAGCCCCGAAGCCAAGCAAGUAGGUGGCUUCAGUUUGGUCUGUGGACACAUUAACGAACCGCUGGCCAUCGUAUCCAACCGCUCCUCCGAUAUGGACCAUAUCACUUGGGUUGCCACCGAGAAAAACCAGACUCGUGGACUCAGCAAUACCAGCUUUGAUGAUCGGACCUGGCCAAAGAUUCUCGAUGGAGAGAAGCUGAUGGAGGCUGCCAUUCAAGACCACAUCUCAAAGCAAACAGAAGACGAGGACGUCUUGAUUGAGCAGUUAUUGCACGUUCUCAGCACUGACACAUUGCCACGGCUGUCACAGGGGGAAACACUUGAUACCUAUAUCAACCAUCUGCGUAAGAGCAUCUUCAUCCCGGUCAUUGGAGAACCAACCGAGCACGAGAGAGCUGUAGACAGUCCAACCAACGGUUUCAUUGAUCAAAGCUUUACAUCUGGGGCUUAUGGAACCCAGAAACAAACUGUUCUUUUGGCACGACCGGACGGGCGCGUACGAUACUUUGAAAGAACGUUGUAUGACAACAAUGCUCAGGCUGUACCUCUGGGAGAAGGCGAUAAUUCAUUUGAGUUUACCGUUCGGUAG